AUGCCGUCACAUUCGAAGAAUAAGAAGAGAAAGAGUAAGUCUAAAGGAGGUUCCACUGUCAAGAAAAGCGGUGGAUUGUUAGAGAAAGGUAUUGGUAAUAUAACUGCCGAAUUGUAUAAUGAUACUGAUGAUUAUCCUACUUCUCGUGUGAUAAAAAGAGCACCUAAUGGUGAUGUUAUUGUAGAGUCUCUGCCUACAAAGCCCAAGAAAUCCAAAUCAAGACAGACCAAUAGUUCUAGUAAUAAUGAUAUGAUUUUAGAUUUGGAUUCACACUGGGAAUGGUUAUCUCCUGAAGAGAAGAAAAAUAUUUUAAGAAUCGAUAAAGAUGAAGUCUUUGAAAUGUUGAGCAGGUAUAACAAUCAUAACAGCAACAAUGUUAAUGGUAAUACUAAUAACAACAACAUUAUAGGUACUGGCUCAAACAAUCUCAGUGGUGGUAUCAGUACUAACAGCAAUAAUAAUACUUCAAGUUCAUGCAAUUGUAAUGUCUGUGGCCGUCGUCAUAUGGCAAUGGAUCAAGAGAUGGAACGUAUUUAUAAUAGAUUAUAUGAGAUGCAAAGAGAAAAUUACGAGGAUAUGACGCAUAUCAAAUUCCAUUUGAACAUUAUAAAAGAUCUACAAAAACGAAAAACUCAAAUGAUAUCACCUCCUGCAUCUCCAGAAAUGGAUUCAAAUAAUGUCGAUGAAGCUCGAGAACCCAAUAGUGGCAGUUCAAAUGAAUCUUUGGAUAUUAAAAAUGAUUUAGAGACAAUGAGAGAUGAAGUGGUGAAAUAUUUUUUAUCUCCAAAUUCCGUAGAUACGUUGAAGAAAGAAGUUUUAAAUUUUAAACAUAAUAAGCAAAAACAAUUUCAAACUCCUAUAUCACUAAAUGAAGAUAAUACCGAGGAAGUAGUUGAAGAUAAUGAAGCACAACAUAUAUAUGAUGAUUUAUCAAAUGAGAUACAUGAUUCUGGUUUAAUAGAAUCUCCAAGGACUGUAGAAGAUGAUGCUAAUAUCAUAGAUAUUGAAUCAAAAUCAAGAUAUUUGAAUUUUGCUAAAACUUUUAUUUCUUCACAUCCUACUAUAGCUCAAGAAUAUGUAAAUAAAAUGAUCAUGUAUCCAGAAAUGAAAGAGUUGACAGAUGACUUAAUGAAUAACAAUGGUUCUGGAUUUAUAAAAGCUAUUGAAGAAUUUGUACUCGAUAAACAAAAGCAAAAUACACUUCCAGAUACUGAAAUAGAUAUUAAUGAUGUAAAUUCACAACAGCAUGAAAAUCCAGAGGAAGCACUUCAGGUACAGGAUUUAGGUGAUGCAAAAGAGUUCACAACAAUGUUACAUAAUGGCCAGCCUUUAACUUCAGAUGAAUACGCAAAUUUACAGCGUCAUAUCGCAGAACGAGUAACGGAUGCAUAUAAUACCGAGACAAAAGAAUUUGAAGGCAUAUCGCAACUUGAAAAAGAAUUAUUUACAAGGUUUAUGCAUGGAAGUGAUCGAAGACAAUUUGGUGAUUCAAUCUUACAACUAUUCAAAAAUAAAUAUGAUGAUAAAUUAAGUGCCAAUUCAAUUAGUACCUCCCUUGCCGCUGCCGCUAGUACCAUCACUCAUGACAUAAUUUCUCCCAGAAAUGAUGAUGGUAAUGAUACCGAAGAAGAUAUUGAUUACUAUGAUGAUGAAGAUGAUGUUUCCAGUGAAAAUAUACACCAUAGAAAUGAUUUAGAUGAUGAUUUUAAAAGUAGGGAAGAAUAUUCUGAUUACAACAGUGAUUUCCAUGAUAACAGAAAGUGUGAGAAAUAUAAUGAUUUCGACGACGACGAUGAUUAUUUGGAUAACAACAGAAAUCUUGAGUGUGCGCAUGCAGAACAUAAUCAUGAAACAUUAUCAACUUAUCACCAUGAUGUUGAUUUGGCAGACAGCAAUUCGCACGGUUAUAAAAAUUAUGCAUCACACCAUACUUCAUCUCAGGUUAGCGAAGAUUAUAUUGACGAUAUUGAUGAUGAUGGUUAUGAAAGUGGUAUUGACGAAAAUGAAAGAUUAGAGGAGGGGAGAAAGUUAUUACAGAUAACAAUUACAAAAAUCUUACAAAGAAGAAUUAUGGAAUCUUACCAUGCUAAACAAGCUGAAAAUAAUAGAAUGAAAUUAUUAGAAGAGUUGGAAGCUGAAGAAUCUAAAAAGAAGGAAAAAGAAGAAAAAAAACAAAGGAAAAGAGAGAAAGAAAAGGAAAAGAAGAGACUACUUCAAGUUGCAAAGGAAGAGGAAAGAAAGAAGAAGGAAGAAGAAGCUGAACGACUAAAGAAAGAAGCUGAAGAACGUGAAAUGGAAAGAAGAGAAACACAAAGAAAAAAAGUUGAGGCAGCAAAGAAAAAGAAGGAUGAAGAGAAGAAACGUAAAUUAGAAGAACAAAGAAAGAGAGAAGAAGAACAAGAGCGUCAAAGAAAAAUCAAAGAAGAACAGAAACGAAAAAAGGAUGAAGAACGUAAACAGAAAGAAUUAGAAAAGAAGAAGAAAGAUGAAGAAAAAAGGAUACAAGAAGAAGAAAAACGCAAGAAAGAAGAAGAAGCUGAACAAAAAACAUUAAAUGAGAAGAAGCGUUUAGAUGUUGAAAUUAUGGAGCAGAAACGAUUGGAAGAAGAGGAAAAAAGGCUCAAAUCUACCGCUUCCACAUCAAAUGUUCCCUAUGCUGAGUUGCUAAAAAUGACACCGUCACUGCAACCUGUUUCAGGAAAUAUUAAUGAUGAGCUAUUCGGUAUGAUAAAUGCAGCAACGUCUUCUCAAUCAAUUCCAACAUCUUCCUCGCAUUUGAACCAUUUAUUACAACAAAAUGAUGCUUCUCAUUUCAACAUGACUCCAAGACAUGAUCUUUUGAAUCCAUCUGGCGGUAUGCAUUUUGGUCCUUCUGACCUAAUUGAACAAUCUCAUUUUACUCAUAAAAGCAAUUCGUUCGAUACUUUGGCGGCAAUUAACGAUCCAACAACUCCACAAACAACGUUACCAUAUGGAAACUCUUCUGUGCCACCAAAUUCUUUUGAUAUCUCCUCAUGGGGGAAUUUCAAUGGAUCGUCUACUGCUGAAACACAAUUACAGUCUCAGUUACCUCAACAAUCCUUACUGGGUUCCCAUUCUGUCACAUCAGAUCAGAAUCGAAAAUCUUUUAAUGAAGAAUUGAAUACUAUUACGAACCUAUUAUCAACUACUGGUUUAGAAGAUCAAUUAUCACAAAAGGAUUCAUUUGCUCACAGUUCAUUAUGGGGUUCCCAAGGAACAUCGUUAUCUGGAUCAAAUCCAAAUUUGUCUUCAAAUUUUGCUCCUGCUGGUUUGCCAAUCAAUCAAACUCCAAUUUCGCCUGGUAAUAUAGGUAUUCCUACUACAACACAUCGUAGUUCAAUCUGGGAUAUUUCAAGCGGUGUUGACUACUCGCUAAAUGAUAAUAAAAUUACAGGUAGCAUUCAAUCUGAAAGACCUUUAUCCAAUGUAAUCCCUUCAAGUUAUAUGUCCCCGAACAUCUGGUCUGGAGGAACCUCAAAGAUUCCAGUGAUAGAACAACCAUUGGUUUUUAAUCCUAACGAGAAUCAGACUAAUCCAAUUUCUAACAUUAUCCUCAGGGAACUUUCAUUAUUGACAUUACCUAAUUCAACGGAUCAAUACGUUUCAAGUGAAUUACUGUGUCAAAAGGUUAUGGCUAACAGAAUAGAUUAUGGGGUUUAUUUUACUGAAUUGAUGAAUUUAAGGAACGCUCACAAGAUUGAGAUAGCAUCGAAUGAUAAUGGGCAAGUAACCCAUGUUAAAUUAGUAUACAAGAGUAAAGAUGAACUAGAAAUGCCUUUAAAUUCCAGUGAGAAUCAAAAUUCACACAUACAAAUGCAACAAAACUAUGGUCUUCAACCAAUAUCUUCUACUACCGCAGGCAACACAGCAAGCACAACAGCUAACAAUGCAAAUGGAAGUACUAUAAAUACUUCCAAUUCACAUUUCUUCAACAUUAAUAAAACUAUCAGUAACCCAUCCGUAACUGCAAACAUAUGGAGUUAA